UGAUUGACAGGUCUCUACCAGAGACUUAUAAAACCACAUAAACACAAAUCAUUCAUGACUCCUACAGUUGGUGCAUCAAUGAUAUGAUCAGCUUUGUCUCUCUUAGCAUGUAAUCCAGAGGUUUUAACCUUGCAUUAAUCCCCCUCUUCCUCACCUUCCUCCUUCCGUUAGGGGAGCUAAGAGACCCAGCGGGAUGACCUCCACCCACGGGCGGACCCCCAUGUACGGCUCCCAGACCCCCAUGUACGGCACCGGAUCCAGAACGCCCAUGUAUGGCUCUCAGACGCCGGUACAAGAGGCUGGAAGUCGUACGCCUCACUACGGCUCUCAGACCCCAUUGCAUGAUGGGAGCAGGACGCCGGGUCAGAGCGGAGCCUGGGACCCCAGUAACCCCAACACACCUUCCAGGAACGAUGAGGAGUACGACUUCGGCUACGAUGACGAGCCCUCCCCGUCCCCUCAGGGCUACGGGGGGACCCCCAACCCCCAGACCCCCGGUUACCCAGAAGUCCCCUCUCCACAGGUCAACCCUCAGUACAACCCUCAGACGCCUGGCACACCUGCUAUGUACAACACAGAGCAGUAUUCUCCCUAUGCGGCCCCGUCCCCUCAGGGCUCCUACCAGCCCAGUCCCAGUCCUCAGAGCUACCACCAGGUGGCGCCCUCACCGGUCGGCUACCAGAACACACACUCCCCAGCCAGCUACCACCCGACACCUUCCCCCAUGGCUUACCAGGCCAGUCCUAGUCCCAGUCCGGUGGGCUACAGUCCCAUGACGCCCGGAGCGCCCUCUCCCGGAGGCUACAACCCUCACACCCCCGGCUCCAACAUCGAGCAGGGCGGCGGCGACUGGGUGACCCCCGACAUCCUGGUCCGGGUCAAGGACUCCUUCAUGGACCUGAUGGGGCAGACCGGGGUCAUCAGGAGCGUCACGGGAGCGAUGUGCUCGGUGUUCAUGCAGGAGUCUGAGAAGGUGGUGAGCAUCAGCAGCGACCACCUGGAGCCCAUCACGCCCACCAAGAACAACAAGGUGAAGGUGAUCCUGGGAGAGGACCGCGAGGCCACGGGGAUCCUGCUGAGUAUCGACGGAGACGACGGCAUCGUCCGCAUGGAGCUGGACGACCAGCUGAAGAUCCUCAACCUGAGGUUCCUGGGACGCCUGGAGCACUGAGAGGGAGGGGGGGGGACACUGAAAGGUCCUCACAGAGACACAUAAGUGAAGUGGGAACACAGAGACACACACCAGAGACUGUCGGCUGUGAUGUCGAAGGCCAAGACAAGCUGGGAAUUCACUUUUUAUUACUUAGGAGACAAACUACAAACUCUCUCACAGCAGAUUAGAUCCACAGUUAGUCUGUCUCUCUGUCUCUGUCUCUCUGUGUCUCUCUCUGUGUCCCUCUCUCGCUCUCUGUCUGUCUCUCUGUGU